GUUCCGGAGGAGGCGGGCCUAAGAAGGUGGAGCCUGUGACGGUCGCAAGCCGGCCUCUGGCGCUUCUUUCCUCUCUCGACUCCCUGCGGCGCCCGAGGGAGACGUGUUGCUGGGUCUGCGGGGAGCCGUAGCAAUGGCCUCAGUGCUGUCCUACGAAAGCCUUGUCCACGCUGUGGCCGGAGCCGUGGGAAGCGUCACAGCGAUGACAGUAUUCUUUCCCUUGGAUACAGCUCGGCUUCGGCUUCAAGUUGAUGAGAAGAGAAAGUCCAAAACUACACACAUGGUGCUGCUGGAGAUCAUCAAGGAGGAAGGCCUCCUGGCACCAUAUCGAGGGUGGUUUCCAGUUAUCUCCAGUCUGUGCUGCUCCAAUUUUGUCUAUUUCUACACUUUUAAUAGUCUCAAAGCAGUCUGGGUCAAAGGUCAACGUUCUACUACUGGAAAAGAUUUAAUAGUUGGAUUUGUUGCAGGUGUGGUGAAUGUGUUGCUAACAACCCCACUCUGGGUGGUAAACACCAGACUGAAGCUGCAAGGGGCAAAAUUUCGGAAUGAAGACAUCGUACCAACCAACUACAAAGGUAUUAUUGAUGCUUUUCACCAGAUCAUUCGAGAUGAAGGAAUCUUGGCUUUAUGGAAUGGCACAUUUCCUUCCUUGCUGUUGGUCUUCAAUCCUGCCAUCCAGUUCAUGUUCUAUGAAGGUUUAAAACGACAAGUUCUAAAGAAACGAAUGAAGCUUUCUUCUUUGGAUGUGUUCAUCAUUGGUGCAGUGUCCAAAGCGAUUGCUACCACAGUCACCUAUCCCAUGCAGACGGUACAGUCAAUUCUGAGGUUUGGACGUCACAGACUGAACCCAGAAAACAGAACAUUGGGGAGUCUUCGGAAUGUUCUCUACCUUCUUCACCAGAGAGUAAAGCGUUUUGGAAUAAUGGGACUCUACAAAGGCCUUGAAGCCAAACUGCUGCAGACGGUCCUCACCGCUGCUCUCAUGUUCCUUGUUUAUGAGAAACUGACGGCCGCCACCCUCACAGUGAUGGGGCUGAAGAAUGCUCGCCAGCACUGAGGCCCGUAGCCCCACCAGGUGCAGGAAGGUGCUCAGGAUGCGGGCUUCCUUCCGUGUGAAGGGAAGUGAUUCUCUUUAUUCUUGGCUGCCUGCUCCGUGAAUUUUACCCUCAUUGGCUGGAAAAGCGUCUAAGGGUAAACAUGGAACAGAGCCAGCUGGACCUGUCGACAACUUAAUUUUUAGGAUGGCUGGUUGAAUUUUGUUGGGGAGGUUGAUCUAAUGGUGAUACAAAAAGAAAACAUUGAAAACAUAACAAUGAAAGUUUGUGGGUGUUUGUUGUUUUCCUUAAGGGGAAUGGACUGUUGCUCUCGUGUUAUCUCUUCCCGUUAAAAUGUUUCUUAAACUUACCAGCUGUUCUUUUUCCCUGAGCCCCCAGGUUCUAGGAACACACUUAAUGCCAUGUAAUUAUCCUCGUAGACUUCCAUCGGUCUUAAUCUUGGUGUUUUCCUCAAUAACCAUAGUAUGAUUGUGCCCCGGGCGUGACUUCAUUUGUGUUGAGCUUUUUUCCUUCUCCUUAAGGAAAGUGGCAUCUUUAGUAUCUGAGCUAUUUAUUUUUGUGGGAAAAUGAAAACAGUUCAUCCCAAAUGAUUCUCUUAUGAACUAUUUGUAAACAUCACUUAUUCGUUAGUACUUGACAUAAUUAAAAAAUAUUUAUUUUGAAUCAGUCUUUUCAUUACAAAAGGCUUGAAGUUUUAUGCUUAUCCACACAAGCCCCGGCAACUCAAGCCCCAAUAAACUGUCAGCACAAAAGACA